AUGAUUACAGAUAACCAACUGAAUACCUUGGCUAUUUCUUUUGGCUUAGUUAUGUUCACUUUUAUAGUGUUCUAUUACAUAAUAGACUUCGCUGUUAAAAAGAAGGAAGACAUAAAAAGAGAGUGA